GACCGAACGCGAUGAAUUCUCAAAGAAUUUUUAUUUUCUUCGUAGUUACUUUAUGGAAAUUCGAAACAGGAAAUUUUGCGGAUAUUUAUCAGGAUGAAAUUGAAAGUUUGAGCGAGUUACCUUUGGAUAAGCUGAUUAAAAUCAAGUCAUCGAUUGCGCCAAUAUUAGAAACAUCGAUGAUUGAGAAGUAUGAGGAGCCUGAAGGACGAAUAAAAUCAACAUUACCAAUAGCCUUGCCAUUAAAAAGGAACAAUAAAUUAUCAAUAAGACGUCACGGAAGCGAUUAUUAUGAAGAAAAGGGCAAAGAUACGAAGAUUUCCAAAAUCUUUCAAUUAGCUGUCACUGCAUUAUCCUUCCUGGCUUUCGGUGGUUAUCUCUUAACUUUGAUCAUUACAGCUAUUAGGCGAAAUACAAACUCGACUGGCAAUGGGAACGUCAUCGUUUUUUCGAAUCUACAGAAUUUACAGAAGUAUCAACGACCUAAAAGGAAUCUUCUCGUUUUGGAUCCAAUGGAAAAUAAUUUUCAAACGGAUAAACUUUAUCAAGGAAUGAUUAUGCUAUCUCGUACUUAUGCACGUUUCGAACAUUAACAAAUUGCAUAUAAAAAAAAUUUUAUAUAUUUCAAUGAAUAUUUCAAUCUGAAGAAAAAGAUAUAAUAUUAGACAUAGAUUAGACAGAAUCAAAGGUAAUAGUUAGAUACAUCAGCUCUUCACUAUAAAAGCGUCGAUUGGCUCGAAUCGACUCAAUCGAAGCUUUGAUUAUCACAAAUCCGGUGGAUCCUCGAAAAUCCUAAAACCUAAUAAAAUCGAAUAGAGGACCACGAUGUGUACAUAUCCCGAAGAAUAUUCUUGGCGUGUGGGUAGAGGCUGCUUCAAACAUGGCUCUUCAAAUAAACACCUAAGUGACUGUAUACUCUAAAGGCCCACGUAGAAAGAUAACCAUAUGGCUACCACCGGAGGUAUCAUAGACGUCUCUCUAACAUUUUCUUUCUUUAAUUUUUUUUUCUUUUUUUUUUUUUUUCUUUCUGUCUUUCUUUUUAAUACAUUAAUAUUUUUUCAUACCGUAGAAAUCGAUAGUCGAUCAUUAUAAAAAGCUUUCUUAAAAUAUCAAAGCAAAAAGUUAAUUCAUUGCGAAUUAUUUCAAAUAUAUUCUAUUAAUGUAUUU